AUGGCCAAUAGAGAAACACACUCUAUCACAGACCAAGAUUUUUCAUCCCAGACUCCAUUGCUGUCAAAGCACCCAUCAGAAGCUGCUUCUGUGACCCUGGAUCCAAUUAGACAAUUUCUCAGUAUCCCUGAUUCCUAUCUAAUAAUUUUCAAGCAAGGAACAAAACAAGAAACGGUACUCUCUCAUCAUGAUGAAAUUGAGGAGAUCCAGCGAAUUGAAAAAUUUCUGACUAGUCGGGAUCUUGACUUUGGGAUCAUCCACAAGUACGAAAUAGGAAACUUCAGUGGGUACUCUGGGAAGUUCUCUUCAAGUGUAAUACGCAUUAUACAAACCUACGAAGAGGUGGAUUAUGUCGAACAAGAUAAAUAUAUCGAAGCAGCAUCUAUUCAAAACAGAGCUCCCUGGGGUCUUGCCAGGAUAUCACAUCGUGAAGUACUAAACAGUGUUACAUUUGACAAGUACAUGUACGAAAAAAAUGGCGGAAAAUAUGUCACAGUCUAUGUUCUUGAUACCGGGAUUUAUGAUAAGCACAAUGAUUUUGAUGGCAGAGCUUCUUUUGGAGUAAAUUUAUUAAAUUGUUCUUCAGAAGAAGACACCAACGGUCAUGGGACCCAUUCUGCUGGAAUUAUCGGAGGCAAGGUAUAUGGAGUAGCCAAAAGGGCCAAACUAGUCUCUGUAAAAAUCUUGGAUGAAGAUGGUAUUGGAACACUAUCAAAUGCUAUAGCCGGAAUUAAUUGGGUUUUCAAGAACCACGCAUUUGGUGUUCGAAGAAGUCUUUCAAGAAAGUGGAUAUACAAAGGAGCUGUAGCAACUUUGAAUUUUAUCACGACCAAGAGUACUGCACUAAAUCAAGCUGUUGAUGAAGGAGCAUAUAAGGGCAUUUCAAUUGUUGUCCCUGCUGGAAAUAAUAUGGGGAACGCUUGCAAUUACUCGCCAUCUUCCGCAAAGAAUUGCAUUACAGUUAGUGCAUCGACCUACUACGAUCAUGAUACACGACCCUCAAAUUUUGGAGAAUGUGUGGAUAUAUAUGCACCAGGUCAAAAUAUACUGUCAGCCUGGAAUACUGAUAUGAAUUCAAAAAAGGUCCUUUCGGGAACAUCUACUGCCGCAUCCCAUGUUGCAGGGUUGGCUGCUUAUUACACUAGUAUGGUUGAAGGACAAAGUACUCCAGAGUAUAUCAAGAGAAAAAUCAUAUACACAAGUACACCAGAUAUCAUCAGAGUGGACUUGGUCAGUCGCUCAUACUUCGAACCACUUGCCUUUUAUGAAACAAAUACAUAA